AUUGUGCAAGAGUACUGCCCGCCCCACCAUUUAACUGGAGGAAAACUUCCUUGAAGUGAAAGCAGGAUUGACCACAUUCAGCUCAGCAAGUCUACAGCUGCAUUUGAAUGUGAUUUGGUAAAGAGAAGUGAUGGGUCUCUUUAACAAUAUCAAGUUCUUUGUGCUGUGCCAUGGAAUGCUGCAACUUGCACAGCUGUUGGUUUCUGGCUAUCUGAAGGGCUCCAUAUCCACAAUAGAGAGAAGAUAUGGCCUGUCCAGUCAGAAGUCUGGAGUGCUGGCCUCUUUUAAUGAGGUGGGAAACACGGUUCUUAUUGUGUUUGUGAGCUAUUUUGGAAGCCGUGUACACAGACCCAAGUGUAUUGGAAUUGGAGCGAUCAUAGCAAGUAUGGCAGCCUUUCUUAUUGCGUUGCCACACUUUAUCAGUGGAAAAUAUGAGUACACAGAUCAGACAGGCAGUACUACGGAGCAUGUUUCUGGUCUUUGCCAAGCAGGGAGCAAUCGCCAGGCAACAUACUCCAACCAGACAUGUUCAGAAAUCAAGAGUCAUGCCAACAAUGCAGUGUUUCCCAUACUACUCUUGGGUCAGUUGCUGCUAGGCAUUGGUGGAGUUCCUAUCCAACCCUUUGGGAUUUCCUACAUAGACGACUAUGCAAAUAAGAAGAAUUCGCCAUUCUAUCUUGGAAUAUUGUUUGCAUUAACUGUGAUUGGACCAGCAUUGGGUUACUUGUUGGGUUCGCUCCUGCUCCGGUUCUAUGUUGACUUCGACACAAUGUCUCCUGCGGAAAUAGUCUUGGACAGAACGGAUCCCCGCUGGGUUGGAGCUUGGUGGCUGGGUUUCCUUCUAGCUGGUACCUUGCUCUUCCUUACCUCCCUCCCAUACCUAUUUUUCCCCAGAAGCAUGAUAACAGAGGAAACCGUAGAGGCCACUGCAGAGUCUGGAGCGGAAAAGCUAAAAGAGAAGGAGGAAGCUGUAUCAGACACUACACAUGGCCUUUCACUCAUCCAGUUCCUCAAAAAAUUCCCACAAAUCAUGCUGAGAACCCUGAGGAACCCUAUUUACCUUUUGGUGGUGCUGGCCCAGGUGAAUCUAGCAGCUAUGGUUGCUGGACUGGCCACGUUCAUGCCUAAAUACAUUGAGAGACAGUUCGCUCAAACAGCUUCCUUCUCUAACAUGAUGAUUGGUGGUUUGAGUAUCCCAUCAGCCAUGUUGGGCAUCAUGGCAGGAGGCAUGAUCCUGCGCAGAUUCAAUCUGUCCGUUAAGGCCUCAGCGAUCUUGUGCAGCAGUGCUGUGCUGUUGGCUAUCACCUUCGCCUUGCCGCUCCUCUUCCUCGGUUGUCCAACGCAGAACAUUGCUGACAUAAACCCUGCCAACAGUGAAAGCUUCUUCAAGCAGAAGAAUUGCAGUUUGAUGUGUUCCUGCUCUGAUGAGUCUUUCAACCCAGUGUGUGGUUCUGAUGGUGUGGAGUUUCGCUCUCCUUGUCAUGCUGGCUGCAAAACAAGAAUUGAGAAACUGGAACCACUAGAAAGCAACCAACCUUCCACUACCAUUCAGAACUACACAGACUGCGCUUGUGUGGGUCCAGGAGGAUCUCAGGGUUACGCUGUACCAGGAACAUGUGGGAACAUGUGCUCGCACCUCCUCAUCCCUUUCAUGGUUUUAUCCUCGCUCACAUGCUUCUUAGCGUCCCUCUCCCAGACACCAUCGUUUAUGAUGAUUCUCAGGACUGUGACACCAGAAGACAAAUCCUUUGCUCUGGGAAUCCAGUUCAUGCUCUUCAGAGUGCUGGCGUUUCUCCCAGCACCUGUCCUGUAUGGAAGCGCCAUUGAUUCGACCUGUAUUCUGUGGGGGAAAAAGUGUAACAAGAACACUUCCUGUCAAUACUACGACUUAGAUUUUUUCAGACAACGAUUUCUUGGACUUCAAAUUUUUUUCGUGUUUGGAGGUCUGGUCUUUUUCUUUCUCUCUUUUUUGGUGCUGAAGAGAGCAGAUUCUGCUGAGCGAACGAAAUCGGAACAGAAGAAGAGCAGCGCCACAAGUGAGAAGCAGGAAAAGAAAAAGUUUCUGAUUUAGUCAAAUGACAAACUGAUGUUAGGACAGGAAUCUUCAGAGAGGACAGAUGAGAAGUACUGAGGGAUUUACUACAAAUCUUCAGCAUUUUUUUAUGGGGAGGGGGGGGAGCAUUAGGAUCAAACCUAAAUUUGAAAAAAAAAAAUGAGUCUGUUCUAAAUAGCCAUCAUCUGAGAGUCAUAAAAACACAGACAUUAUAUUCGUUUCCAUCAAAAGUAAAAGCUCAUCGCCACUGUUGUGCUGAUGAAGCGUCUGCAUGUGUGAACAUACUCAAUAUGCUUAACCACUGUGAAGCCACCGUAGCUUUUUCUUCAUUUGAGCCUUUAGUGAAACCGUAUUCUAAUGAGAGCUUGUCCAGCAGAUUUGUACUACAUUAGUCUACUAUGAAGGUGGCAUUGUGAAGAUGGCAUAAAGAUGGACCAGGUGUGUCAUGAGUGUUACAGUCUUGGUUGAGGUUUGGUAUACCUGUUCUAAACUGCUUUUAUCAGUUAAAAAAAAAAAGAAAAGAAAUGAAGGAGAGUUUGGUUGCAGUAUGUUACUGGAGUGUUACUGAUGAAAAUACAAAGGGCAUUAGAAAAUCCUUUGGGAGGACAGUGCAGUUAACUCCGACCGGAUUUAAUACUUUUUCUAUACUCUAGGCUGGAAAUGUAGAGAGCCUUACUGUGAUUGGUGAAAUGAGUUUUCUUCACAUUUCUAUCUUGUUUUAAAAAUACAGAAAUGUAAACUUUCUUCUUAACAUUGUACAUUGAUCUACAAUAUAAAAGAUUUUUUUUAAUGGUAUAAUAUUCUAACAGUUUACUUGUACACUGAAAUUAUAUUUGGUUUAGCUUUUCUAUAUGAAUUUGUUACAUUUGGAUAACUGUUAAAUAUUAAGGCACAUACAUUUUAACUGUGACAAAUGUUUCUUAAACACAAGCACAGAAGUUCAGAUUGACUGAGGAAAAAAAACUUAAGUACACUCAUGGAAAAGGAACACAUGUACUCCUGCUCAUUCAUGCAAUUAUCCAAUCAUUCGAUCAUGUGACCACAGCACAAUGCAUAAAAUCAUGCAGAUACAGGUCAAGAGCUGAGGCUAUAGUGGGCACAGGUUAACCAAAACUUUAGAAAAACAUCGCCUGGUCUUCCUCCAGUCUUUCGUCCGGUCUGGUUUCGGUGAAUCUGUGCCCACUGUAGCAUCAGAUUCCUGUUCUUGGCUGAUGGGACUGGAAUCCGAUGUGAACUUCUCCUGUUGUAGCCCAUCCACCUCAAGAUCUGACAUGUUAUGCAUUGUUACAUGCUUUUCUUCUUACCACGUUUGUAAAGAGUAGUUAUUUGCGUAACUAUAGCCUCCCUGUAAGUGUGAACCAGUCUGGCCAUUCUCCUCUGACCUCUCUCACCACCUCACCAAGGUGUUUCCGCCUGCAGAAGUGCUGCUUACUAGCUGUCUAGAUGUUUUUCUUUUUUUAUUCACACCAUUCUAUGUAAACUCUAGAGACUAUUAUGCAUAAAAAUCUCAGGAGGUCAGCAAUUUCUGAAAUACACAAACUGGCAGCUCAAAGUCACUGAAAGCACAUUUUUUCCCCAUUCUGAUGUUUGAUGUGAACAUUAACUGAAGCUCUUGAGCUGUAUCUGCAUGAGCAUCACACUGCUGCCACAUGAUUGGCUGUUUGGAUUGCAUGAACUGAAUGAGCAGGGGUACAGGUGUUUAUAUUAGCGUGGCGGGUGAGUAUACUCUAACUCUAACACUAAUUCAGUAUCAUUGCAGCACGACUUCAUGUUGACAGUGUAAUAACUGUAAGUUUUAAUGUGAAUUGUUUGGAGAAAUGGUUAAAUGUCAUUGAAUUUUUUUAAAUAAUCAAAUGUGACACUUAAACAUAAUACAAAUGUAGUAGCUAUUUUGACAAAAUGUUGUUUCCACUGGCCUUCUUGCUGGUGUAUUGUAUUUCUGUGUGACUGUGUACUUUUAUAAAAAGUCAUAUAUAA